AAGGUAAUUAAUCUCUACACUUCUCUCUCUGCAAUUACUCCUUGAGAGCCUCUUUCUCUAGAACAUUGAGUAUUGCUGAGUUAAGCGUCGGAGUGUUUUCCCCGAGAAAACAUCCUCGGGAUUUACAGGUGUAGAAGCAGCUAAGGAUUUCAACAGUGUUGGACUGCGAAGCAGCCCAAACAUUUGGCGCCAUCUGUGGGAACUUCGAACAAGAAGUUGUGUGACUUAACCUGCUGAAAGACAAAAUGGUCCGUACUUUUACAGGAGGUCGCCCUCCAAGAAAUGAAAUGGACGAACAGGAGGAUACUCACGUGUCUGAGCCCGACUUGAAUGACUUUAGGCCAAUGCCAAGAAAUCUUUUUGUCGGGGGAUCCGAACAGGAUCACCUAAGUGAAACAAAUGAUGAAAGAACACCAACUGGGUAUGCAACCCAGCCUGAACAGUUUCAAGUUCCAACAGGAACAAGAUCAAGACCUUCUAGACCAUACAAUUCACAGCGUGAACGACCUGAAAGGUCAACAGAACCUGCUCGGACAACCGAGCUCAAAAAGAGAACCAAAGUUCUCGAAAUGGCAAUGGGUAAAAUCCUUGCCCGUCUAAUUCCUGACGACUCCCUGAUUCCUUUGCUGAACAGGGAUGCACAACCAGCUGCGGUUGUUGCAACUCGAAACUCCCCCGCUCUAAGCAACAUAGUAAUGCCAACCAGGCCAAGGGGAAGCGGGAAGCCAAACCUCAAGCCCAUUGACGAGCUGAUGAGAAAGAAUGCAGACCUUGAAAGACAGUUGCGAGAAGUACAAAAGUCUAUUGACGAGCUGAAAAGUCCCAAAUCGCACCAACAGACCCUGGAUUUGGAUAGUGCUCCACUAAACCUAUCCAUUACAGCAGAACCUUAUCAAGAGGGAUUCAAGAUUCCCCACCUGGAGACAUAUGAUGGCUCUGGUGACCCAGAUGAACAUCUGCACACCUAUCAAGCCAUCAUGAGAAUCCAAAAUGCCAAUGAUGCCAUGAUGUGCAAAGUGUUCCCAGCGACACUAAAAUCAACAGCCAGGAGAUGGUAUCACAAGCUCCCCAGACAUUCUAUAGACUCAUACUCCCAGCUCGCCAAGCUAUUCUCCAACAAAUUCGCGAGCCAGAGAGAGAUCAAACACACAGCCACCGAGCUGAUGCAAGUUAAUCAAAAGGAAGGGGAAUCUCUAAGGGACUACAUGCAGCGAUUCAACAAAGCCACUCUGGAAAUUGAUAACAUCCCAAACACCAUCUACCUGUCCGCCUUGCUACAUGGUUUGAAGCAUGGCCGGUUCCUGGACGACCUCCUAGAAAACCCACCGAGGACUUGGAACGAAGUGAAUGACAGGUCUGCUAGUUUCAUAUUAUCAGAAGACUUCCAGUUGUCCAAGCGACGAGUUGACGAUAAGCAAAGCAAAAGCCAGGAACAGCCACCGAGAAGGGAAGAGAAGAAGAAACAGAAAGUCAACGAGCAGUGGGGGAAGCCCGCUGACUUCCCCAAGGCAGACAAGAGCAAUCAUUGUGACUAUCAUCGUACUUAUGGUCACAACACAGAAGACUGCCAACACCUGAAGGAUGAGCUGGAGUUCCUAGCUCGCAAUGGGAAACUAGAAGGAUAUGUUCAGAAGCCCUACGCCCAGCAACCCACUCAAACUCAUUUUGUACAGGGGGCGUACAGAGGGCGUCCGUUCAACAGGAGAGGACAAGGGCAAAGAGCUGCUGCCCAGAACCAAAAAGAUAAGAAAAGGGUAGGCUAUGCUGGGAUACCCCCGCCUGCGGGUACAAUAAACAUGAUAUCUGGUGGUGUUCACUCUAGGGGCCAAAGCGCCCGAGCCCGCAAGGCAUAUACCCGACAGGUGAUGACUGUCAACAAAAACAGACCCUUGAAGCGGCCAUUUGAGGAGGCAGAAUGGGAGAAUACACCUAUCACAUUCAGCCUGGCAGAUUACAAGCGAGCAGAAGGAAAGCCUGACAUUAUGAUGCCCUAUGCAGAUCCCUUUGUGGCAACGGUUCAUAUAGGCAAUCAUAAUGUCAAUAAGGUGUUUAUUGAUACUGGUAGAUUGCCAGAUAUUUUAUACUGGAGCUGUUUUCAAAAGAUGCAGCUGAAUCCGGGCUCACUGCAGAAGUAUGAAGAGCCCAUAUACGGGUUUGAUAACCAGCCCGUCCCAAUCGAGGGAGUUAUUACUCUUCCUAUAUAUGUGGGCUCAGAACCACGCUUCAGGAUGGCUUCCGUCACCUUCCUGGUCGUUAAGAUGGAAUCAGCUUUCAAUGCUAUAUUAGGAAGAGCCACCCUGUGCGAGCUGAAGGUUGUCAUCUCACAACCCCAUCUCUGCAUGAAAUUCCCAACUCCUCAGGGGGUUGGAGUGCUUAGAGGAAAUCAAAACAUGGCCAGAGCCUGCUAUAAAGAUACUUUUAAAAAGGUUGAGCUCGCUGCUACCCCUUCAGGCUCCGAAAAUCGCAGACCAACCCAGCUCGGUCAGCAGACGAUGAGCAUAUCAGAUAUCGAGCACCGACCUAAUGGUGUCGAGCAGAAAGUAGAGCCAGUGGAGCCAGUAGAAACAAUUCCUCUAAACCCAGAUGUGCUAGAAAGGACGGUUAAGAUCGGCACUAAGCUCACAGAAGAGGAGCGUGCAGAGCUUCUGGAGUUUUUGAGGAGUAAUCAAGAUGUGUUUGCGUGGACUACGGAUGAAAUGCCUGGCAUCCCAGCAGAGUUGACAGUCCACAAGCUCAGCACGGACCCCACCAGAAGGCCGGUGGUGCAAAAAUGCCGCCUUUUUGGCCCUGAGAAGCAAGCUGCCAUAGACGAAGAGAUACAAAAGUUGCUACAAGAAGGCUUCAUCAGAAGAGUGGAGUACUCUGAGUGGGUGUCCAAUCCCGUGCUCGUGAAAAAACCAAAUGGCAAAUGGAGGAUGUGCAUUGACUUCACCAACUUAAAUGAGGCGUGUCCAAAAAACCCUCAUCCCUUGCCAAAUGUGGAAAAAUUAGUAGAGCGGGCAGCUGGACACGAACGGAUGAGCUUUCUUGAUGCCAGCUCAGGUUAUCACCAGGUCCAACUGUUGUUAGACGACCAGGAGAAAACAGCCUUUUACGUUGGUGAUGCAAUCUACUGCUAUGUGAUGAUGCCAUUUGGCCUAAAGAAUGCUGGUGCUACAUAUCAGAAACUGGUGCAAAUCAUCUUUAAGCUCCAGAUUGGCAGAAACAUAGAAGUAUAUGUGGAUGACAUGAUAGUCACCAGUGUACGAGCUGAAGAUCACAUAGGCGACCUGAAGUCAGGAAAAUUCCUAGGGUACGUGGUAUCCAAGAAAGGAAUUGAAGUAAAUCUAGAGAAGGUUCAAGCCGUUCAGCAGAUGGAAUCGCCCAAGACUGUCAAAGAGGUGCAGCAUUUAACAGGCCGUAUAGCUGCGCUACAUAGGGCAUUUGACGAGCUCAAACAAUAUCUGGCAUCAGCACCUCUGCUGUCCAAGCCCAUGGAAGGGGAGAGUUUAUACAUGUACUUGGGGGUUACAGAAGGGGCAGUGAGCUCAGUUUUGCUCAAGGAGGAGAAUAAGAAUCAAAAGCCUAUCUGCUAUGUGAGCAAAGUUUUACAAGGUAUAGAGCAGAAAUACCCACUAGCAGAAAAGGCUGCUUUUGCUUUGGUCUACACAGCUCGUAAGCUGAGAACUUACUUUCAGUCUCAUCAGAUUGUUGUCUACACUGAUUUCCCACUGAAGAAGAUAUUGCAGAAGCCAGAACUCUCAGGCCGGCUUAUCAGAUGGAGCGUCGAGCUAAACGCAGCUGCAAAUGUUGAAGGAUCGAGUGCUGAAGCUGUGUUGCUGGGUCCUGAUGGUUUUAAAUCCGAGCAUGUGCUGAGUGAUUCUCAACUCGUUGUAUGCCAGAUCGACAAGAUACCCAGAGCAGAUAACCAACGAGCUGACGAACUGUCAAAGUUAGCCUCCUCACAAGAGACCAACCCUCAUAGCUCUACAAACGAGCAGCCUCAAUGCCCCUACUACGCUGCCCUACUACGCUGCCUUACUCCUUACGAAGCUGAAUACGCUGUGAGGGAAGUUCACGAAGGAGUAUGUGGCACGCACAUCGGUGGCAAAACUUUAGUUCGGAAACUCCUGAGGCAUGGUUAUUACUGGCCCACUAUGGUCGAGGAUGUGCAAAACUAUGUCAAAAAAUGUCCGACCUGCCAAUUCAAUGCUGAUGAUAUACACAUGCCAGGGGAAAUGCUAUCAUCUCUCACGUCUCCCUGGCCCUUUGCUCAAUGGGGUGUCGACCUACUCGGCCGUUUCAUCAAAGGCAAAGAAGGCUGCACUUUCCUGGUCGUUGCAGUGGAUUACUUCACUAAAUGGAUAAAAGCUAAACCAUUGUCCACGACAACAGAAAGGAAAAUAGAAGAAUUCUUGUUCAAUUCAAUAUUGUGCAUGUUCGGCAUACCUAAGCGGAUUAUCGCUGACAAUGGGCCACAGUUCCGAGCAGCAGCACUGAGAUUGUUCUGUAACGACUAUGGCAUUGAGCUCGCCUUGACAUCUGUGUAUACUCCACAGUCUAAUGAACAAGCGGAGUCCACCAAUAAAAUCGUCUUGAGAGGCCUCAAGACACGUGUUUUAGCUGCGCAUUCUAAUUGGGUUGACGAGCUCAAUAAAGUGCUUUGGUCUUGUCGUACUACACCCAGCUCGGCCACGGGCGAAACCCCUUUUAGCCUGGCCUAUGGAGCUGAGGCCGUCAUUCCAGUAGAGGUUGGAUUGCCAUCUGAUCGAGCAGGCUGGCAUGACGAUCUCAACAAUGAGCAACUGUUGAGAGAAAACCUAGACUUCAUGGAAGAGGUCAGGGAGAUGUCUAGAACAAGAAACAUGGCGCAUCAAAGUCGUGUCGCAAAAUUUUACAAUAAAAGAGUUCGAGCUUGCCAGUUUCAAGUCGGUGAUCUGGUUCUACGCAAAGCUGGAUUGACAAAUGCUUACUUGCACAUGGGCAAGCUCGCGCCUAAUUGGGAAGGACCUUAUAUGGUUAUUUCUAUUCAACGACCUGGGUCUUACCGGUUAGCAGAUUUUCAAGGUCAUCCAUUACCGUUCAUGUGGAACAUACAUAACUUUAGAAAGUUUUACAGUUAAGAAUUAGCUUUAUAGUUAAUAUGUAUGUUAUUAGCGUUCAGGUCGUCAUGGAUCAGUUGUAAAUGGCAUUUCAUAGAGAAAUCAACACACAGAAAGUAC